AUGAAGAUUGUGUUGACGGCUGUGGGCUUCCUCGUCGCCAGUGUGGCGGGAGACGGUAUCCGAGGAGGUGUGUUGCAGGAUGAAAUUUCAGUGUGGGCAGAUCAUGGUGCCAAAGAAGAAGAUGUCGGUGUGUUGGAUGGAGGAACCCAUGGUGCGGAGGCAGAAGAUGGCGGAGAGGAUGGUGCGAUGUUUGCAGUGCCUUGGGACGACGACAUCGAAUUUGACGAGGAAAAGUAUCUCGAUGCGGGCGACAAUGCCUUGCCCUGGGUUGUGGAUGGUGUUGGAUUCUCCAGCGUUGAUGAGUAUCUGGAGUAUGCCCAUGGGCGUCGUGUUACCGAUCAUCCCUACUUUCGCAGAAUGUUGGAUGAAAACGGUGAUCCCGUGGCACCGAGCAACAAAGACUUUACAGAACUUUUGGUGGCGGAGCUUGAGUAUCAGAGGGCGGUGAACGGGACGGUCGAUCCCUUGGAAGCCAUGGCCAGUGUUGCCCAACAAGUCGUCUUCAAGGCGAUCGAGGCCGACGAAACGGGCGACAAUCGUACUGAGUGGAUCAUGGAACACUUGACUAUCUCCGAGCAGGGAACCCCUGAGGCGCUGGAGAUGGCAAAGAUCAUUGCCGAGAACGCGAACCACACAGCUUGUGAAAUCCCCGGGGAGUGCGUCACCCAAGCCCGGCUCAAAAUUGUCAAGAACUGGAUUGAAGGCUACCUAAACAACUGCAUGCAAACUGGAACAGAGCUUGAUCUCGAUGACAUGUACCAGCGUCUCUUUGCCGAAACGGAUGUGGAUCCGCAGAGUGCCGAUGAAUUGAUCCAGUCCUCUCCUGCUAUCCGCGAUCAAAUUGACUACAUGAUACAGGAAGCAGACAUUGCCGCGAGAGAAAAUGAAUUGGCUCCUCGGGCGGAGUUGGUCGAGAAGGCCCUAAUUGAUGCUGGGAACAACAUGACCGACUUUGAAGACACUUUGGAAGAGAUUGGCUUUUCGGAAGAAGAAGUCUCUGUCUUGUUGCGAUCUCUAGCACCAGAACGCCUUGCAAAAGUUGAAGAGGCUAUUCGCAAGCCCAAGGAAGACUAUGAAGCUCAAGUUUAUUAUGCUUUUGAAAAGCUGGCGAACGGAGACAACCAUACGUACUUUGAGGAAGCCGAGUCGACGGAAGGCGAACGGAGGCUCAACUACGUUCCCCGCCCAGACGACAUGCGCAUCGAGGACCAUCAGAGAAUGUUCAAAGACAAGAUCCAAAGACGACGACGACUCUCUGUUCUUCCUCAGGACACGGCGGAUUUCGAGUCCCGUCUGAGGGAUCACGUUGAGGAACUCCAAGGACACGCUCGUGAACUGACACUCUCCUGCGACGCGGGAGAAAGCAGUGCGGAAUGUCUUGCCGACGGACUUGUGGAGUAUGCAGACAAAAUCGAAGGCCUCAUCGGUACCGGGGGUAGCUUGGUCAACAAUUUGUCGUCGUUGUCAACCCUGUUGACCAGCCUCGCCAAUAGUCAAGGCGCGAUUGAUGAUGUUGACUUUAUGGCCGAUUCAGUCUACGUGGCUUUCAAAAUUGCAGCCAAGUUCCCCUCUGUCGGCACCAUCUUCAAAGUCAUUGAAAAUGCUCUUAAGCCCAUCAAGGAAAUGAUUUCGAAGGUGGAUCAAAAGGCAGAUCGCUUCAAAAGCAAUAUCCUAAAUGUCUGGAAGAACUCUAUAGAAGUGGUGGAGAAGGUAAUGGAGACAUUUGACAGCUCUAAGUUGUUUGCACUCCGCACAGGAGCGAACGUGUUGGCUGCUGCUAGAGAUUCCGUUUGUGUGACAACCAUGAUUGAACAUGUUGGUGGGAAUGUUCUUGAUACCAUGGAAUUUGUUAUCGAUCAUUUUAGGAAAUACCUUGAGACUUUCUACAACUCGAUGAAGCGUCUGGAUGAUGUCCUCAAUUCGCAGGCAUGGAAAGACAUUCAGCAGACCUUAUCGGAUAUCGUUUCCCAAGUGGAGCCACUGGAUAUUGCUCUUAAGCCCCUUAAUGGUAUUGUGGAUCUCUUGAAAGAAGAGGUUGAAAUCAAGCCUUGGGCGUCAUUGCCGAUUAAGCAGCAGCAAUUUGGGAAAAACCAGUGCCCUAGCGGAUAUCAUCGAGGCUUGGACCAGCGUAUUUGUUGGGAGAACAACAGCAAGGAUUGGGUCUAUUGGCCUCUGUCCAUCCCCCCAAAAAUGAUGUGGCCAUGUAGCCGUGGAAACAUGGGAAAGGUUGGCUAUGAUGGAGUUUGCGCCAACAGUUCCUACAGGCGGAACGAGUGCAAACUGAAGUGGUACUGGAACUACAAGAAGAUUAGACUUUGCAGGCCUUUCAAAUGCUGGGAUGAAAAAAUUCCUUGGGGUGGAAAGUUUCGUUGUGAGCGAAGCCGUUACAGGGCUGAAUGGUGGACUGCUCCUAGACUCCGGUGUGCUGAAAAUUGCAGAUCUGGCUACAGUAAUGUUGUGCCUGGUAGAUGCUUCAAAAAAAGUUGUCCUCACGGCUGGUCACACAAGGUCCUUCCAUCACUCUGUUUUCCUAGAACCAAUGACAGACGCUUUUGGAAGUACCAAGCAAAGAAAGAUGACCACAAUUUGCUUUGCAAAAAGUAUAAUGGUAGAAAGCGAGACGGUACUGGUUUCACCCAGGAUAUCUUUGGCACAUGUUUUGGAACGUGUGCUGCUGGUGAAACCCUCAUCCUUGGAUGGUGUGUUCCGCUGGGUUCUGUCUGGUUGUCUCUGCAGGAUAUCACGAAUGCAUUUACCAAGAUAUUUGAUUUUAUAGAGGGUCUCCCAAUUGUGAAGGAGAUCCUGGCAUUCAUCGAUGACGUGAUCCGUGCAGUUCUGGGUGACAUCAUUGACAUUAUGGAGGACCAGAUCAAGAAGCUCCUCAACCUCCCUACAUUUCCAGACAUCGAUCUUGAUUUGCUCCCCUUCAAACCCUUUGACCUCAUUCCCUUAGACAUGCCCGAGCUUCCUGAAAUUGCAGCCUUCACAAACUUGCCAGGACAACUGUAUGGGGACUUCAUAAACCAGGUCCCUGCACCUUUCAAGUACAUUGGUGAUUGUGCAACUGACAUUGAGUGCGUGGCAAAGCAGCUUGGCGUAGACAUGACGGAGAUGCUCGACACACUCGCGGAUGUGGCGGAAGCGCUUGAUGGCAUAGAAGAAUAUAUUGGUGGCAUUGUGGACGGCAUCAAUUGCACCGCAUUCACAAAUAAGACCCUCCCGGUCUCGGAUGUCCUUGCCAAGAUGAAUCUUCCAGACUGCAACGACUGCGACAUUGAGAUUCCCUGGUGUGAGCAGUGGGACCUCUCGGGGAUUCAACAGCCAAUGGACGACAUAACAGGGAUGUUUAAAUCGUUACUUAAUGGUCCCGACCGAAGGCGUUUGCUUGGAAUUAACUACGUUGAUAUGGGCUUGGAUUCGGAUACAACAGGUUGGAUGCCUUUGCUUGCAUUAGAACUUGAUCUUCAAGCCUUGGGCAACAUGCAUUCUCGUCAGGCCUCCGCAGAAUACAACAUCUUCACGUUCAUCAACAGAGGGCGGAUUACUUCGAACGACAUUGGCUGGUCAAAUAGCUACAGCAGCGGCCGGUACGCUGCAAAUGACAAGAUUCCCGUGGGCUUUCACUUCCGCUUCGAAACCAAGUUCUUUUUUAGCCUGGGUCUGAUUCAGGAGAACGGAGAAAUCAAGUUUGGGAUGGAUGUAGGAGCCCAUUUGGAGGGAAGAUUUGCCCGUUCACUCGGUCCCUAUCAAAUGAUAAAAAAGGCCAUCGAGCUCGCUGAGGACAUCAAUGAAGUUAUCUAUGAACAUGGUAUGGAUGGAUACAUCAUGUGCGAACUGAAGUGGAAAGAAUUUGGAACUAGAUCUCGAAGUCACAAGUACUUUGCUGCAUGUAAUAAAUUGAGAGAGGCACACAGGGAUGUGGGAAGUGCCAAUCGUGAUUAUCCUGAAUGCAAAACAAGCGAAAUGGGGAAAUUGAGAGAUAAGGCCUACGAGUUUCGCUUCAAAAACCUGGACAAGGCUACAACCAAAAAAAUCAUUGACUGCGUUGAUUAUUGGGUUCUUAAGACCAAGGAUGUUCGAAAUUUAGUCAGCCAGUACCACAACGAGAAGGUGUAUGUUGAUAUUGCGAAUGAUAACCAUGGUUUGUUCCCGUGGGACCCGAUCAGAGCGUACAGAGAAAAAAUCGGAUAUGGACAAGACUUCAAUGAGCACGGAGGGAUCAGGAGGUUUCUCAAACUGCACAGUGGAAUGAUAACUAGGCAGCUGGGAAGCAAACUUGCUCCCAUUUACAAGAUUGGACAAGACAGUUUCUCCGAAAUGAUUAAUUUUGGGGCUGGAUUUGAAGUAAAGGACCAUGACUAUGGUGCAAGAUUUGGGCCCUAUGCUCAAGUAGGUUCGCUGGGGUUCCCUCAGGAUUGGACCUUUCAAGAAGCUUUUCAAAUGUGGGACUUUGGAGAGCUAAGUCUGUCGCAAGUGUUCGACAUUGUCAAUUCUCGUCGGAACGGGGACCCUGUGGGGUCGGUGUUGGCUAGCGGUACCAACGACGUGAGCACAGGUCAGUUCUUUAGGAUCGAGGUCAGAGGCGUCAUCGAUCCAGUUGGUCUGGUUGAGGGAAUCCACAGCAAUCCAACAGUGACUCCCGGAACUCCAACUGGUGCUCCCACUGUGGGACCGCCCACGUACCAGCCAUCCAGUUACCCAAGUCCGUCCUCAUAUCUUUUGGGUGCAAGUCAACGUCAAGCAAGUAUGCAACUCGUCGCAUCAACGCCCGAAACUGAUGAGCCCAUGUAUGUGGGAUGUUACAAGGAUACCAACGACCGAGGCUUGCCCGUUUUCCAGGGGAACAUGUAUCCAAUAGAUACGUGCACGGCGACAUGCAAACUUGGUGGCUAUCAUUUUGCUGCCAUGCAAAACUGGAAGGAAUGCUUUUGCGGAGCUGCAACUGCAGAGUUUGAUAAGCAUGGUCAUGCUCUUGAAAUGGACUGCAAGUCCAGAUGCAAGGACAAGAACGGCUAUUGUGGUGCUGGUCGUCGAAAUUCGGUGUGGACCACCGGCUUUUCAGGUCAAGAUCAGCAAGCCAACUAUGUGGGAUGCUUCAUGGAUGCGAAAAGUCCUCGUGCGCUCACCCACCGCAUUGGGCCAGGAAAAAGCAUCGAUGACUGCAGGACUGAGUGUCACGAUCUGAACUUUAAGUACGCAGCGCUUCAAAAUGCAGAUUAUUGCUUCUGCGGGAAUGCCGGCUACGAUAUGCAUAGCAGCAAGCUGCCGGAGAGCAAUUGCCAAAAAGAUUGCAAAUAUGGCUCGGGGAAAUGCGGUGGAGGUUAUAGAAAUAGCGUUUAUCUGACUGGCUACAAGCCUUCAUCUGAAUAUAUCGGAUGCUUCAAGGAUUCCUCCCCGCGUGCUCUCGAGGUCCAUUUGGGCAACGGAUUCACGUUGGACGGUUGCAUCGAAGAUUGCUUCAACAAAGGCUUCAAGUAUGCCGGUCUUCAAUUCAAAAGCGAAUGUCGCUGUGGGCACACUGGUUAUGACAAAUAUGGCGGCGUUCGUCCCGGAAGAAACAGUGUGUACGCCACUGGGUUUGAGCCCAUUGCCGAAUACAAGGGCUGCUACAAAGAUCAGAGUGACAGAGCACUUUCCCAUAAAGUUGGACCCAACCAAUCCUUGGAUGAGUGCAAGACGAAGUGUCAAGACAAGGGUUAUUACUAUUUCGCCCUGCAAUCUGGAAACUAUUGCUUCUGCGGCGCCUUCGACGAUGACUUUGACAAAUACGGCAAGGUGAACGACAGCGAGUGCGACGGCAAGGCGUGCAAAGGCGGCGGCAACACAGGUUGUGGUGGUGGUUGGAGAAAUGCGCUUUGGAAGACAGGGCUGAAAUAA